UCUUGCUGAUACCCGUCUGUCACAUUUCCAAUGUACUUACUAUUUAAUUCUUCUUUUUCUCAGUUCUUCAGAAGUCAAAGCCAUUAAAUCUAAGCUGAUGCAGUUAGAAUGUUACUUCACAUGGGGCUUGGAAAAAGAGGCUGUAGAUCUCAAAUCUCUGGUUCAACGAUUGUUAGAUUCUAUACAACAGCCUAUUGAGAAAGUAAGAACUUUCAAUUUUUUGGCUUAUGUGAAGUAUUUGCAGGGAUGUAAUGACGAUGCACUUGCUUAUCUUAAACAAGCAGAAGAUUAUGCAAAGAAAGACCAUGAAGAUGAAUUUGAAAAAUGGGUGUUGGUUACGUAUGGCAACUAUGCCUGGCUAUAUUACCACAUGGGAGACAUCAGUAAGGCUCAAGACUUCUUAUCACAGAUCGAAGACAUCUGCAAGAAUAUCCCAUCCACUUCUCACUAUUCUGCUCCACUUUCCAUCGUGGAUGGAGAGAAAGGAUGGUGUUACUUAAGAUUUGCAUGGAAAUGCUAUAAAGAAUCAAUGGUUUAUUUUCAGAAAGCUCUCGAUCAAGAGCCAGAUUACCUAGAAUGGAACAAAGGCUAUGCAAUGGCACUGUAUUGUACUGAGUCCUUUGACACAAUUUCAAUGGAAGAAUCACUUGCCUUUAAACAACUAAAGCAUGCCAUGGAGUUGAAUCCAGAAGAUGCUCGUAUUGUGGUCCUCCUUUGUUUAAAGCUUAUAUAUUUGAAGCAGCGUGAUGAAGGAAUUCUGCUUUUCUGCACCAUCAGAUUGGCCUCUGCUACAGGAAUCAAAUAUUCAAAUUGCAACCAUGGCGAAGAAGAUCUUGUAUCGAGAUGA